AUGGACUACUCGGGAAUUACAAGGGGUACCAUUCGUGGGGAAGUUCUCAAGAAACUCGCCGACUUGACCGUUGAGUAUGUUCCUUCAAAUUUGAAAGAGAUCAACACCGGUAUUCAAAAGGACUAUUUUGCAAGGUUGUUAUCUGCCACUCCCAAAGAAGCACCAAUUCGUAAAUCUUCCAUCAACGGCAGUGCCAACGGAAAUGGGAAGUUGUCCACGGUUGCCAUAGCACCUAAAGAGUAUGAAGUAUUGAUUGCCUUGUGCGAUGCCACGAAAAAGACAAUGAAGGUUAACAACCAGGUGAAAAUCUUGAUUGACAAGUUCAAAGUCUACUUGUUUGAAUUGCCCGAUCAAAAGUUUGCAUACAACAUCUUGUCCAAUUCAGUUGCUGUGUCUCCAUGGACCUUGUUGAGUGAAAAAUUGACUAGUGGAUUGAUCAACUUGGCCUAUCAAGCAAACAAGGUCUACUUUGAUGAAGUUGUUGAGAUUUUCCACCAAUUCAUUGACAAGUUUUUCGACAAUGUUGAGCCUGAAUUCUCCAAUUUUUUGACGUUGAUGGGGUUCAUUGAAGGAUUGAACAAGAAUGCCCACUUUUUGAGUUUUUCUUCUAGAACAUUCAAGAUUUUCACCAUGUUGGAUGCAUCGGUUGACAAUUUUGAAUUUUUAUGCGAUGUUGAGUCUUAUUCAGAUUUCCUUUAUGACGAGCCAAAUGAGUAUAGCGAGUUGCGUGAUCGUGACUAUACAAUCAAUUUUUCUCCAAUUUUGUAUCUUGAAAAAUUGGCCAAAUUAAUGUGCUCGAUUAUCAAUGCCAUUAUUGGCAACAAGGACGAGUCGUUGUUGAGUUGCCUCUUGGCCAAGGUUGCACACACUUACGACCACAAUUCCCAUAACGGGCAAGGCCAACCUAAGUUGAAUGGCAAAGCUAAGGAAGGAGGGUUGGAGUUUACCAGAGCCAACAUGGAGAUUAUCAAGAUCUUGUCCGAUUUGGCGCUUCGCAAAGUUGAGUUUUUGGACAGAGGUGAAACGUACAUUGUUUAUUCGACUUUUAACCGCUUGAAAUUGGGUUACUUGGCCAAGAGCUACAGCUUGCAGGUUUUGAGCUGCAGCAUGUUUACCGACAAUUUGGAUUUGAAAACGUCACGAAACUUGUUUAAAUCCUGCAUCGAGAUUAGAGAUGUCAUGUUGGAUCCAGAUUUGGGGUUGACUGUUUUUGAGUUUGGUUCGUUGUUGGUGUUUAAGGAUGAAACCGUAGGUCCAUUGUUGACCAGAGUGUUUACUUCGGUUGUCGCCAACCCGAAAUUGCAACUGCAAUACUGUUUGGAGGCCUCCAAGAGUGUUGGUUUAGCGGGCAAGAGAUUAUCGCAGGAUGCUGUUGUCACCACUAUUUACUCAUUGACCAACCUCCUCUUUGUCAGCAACGAAGGUUUAUCUUUGCAUUCCAAGAGUGCUAGAAGAGUUGCUAAAAACAUGACUGGGCUUGAAACAGGUUCAAUAAAAGACUUGUCCCCAGUCUCGUCGAGAAGAACUUCGGUUAGUGAUGUUUCGCAAGUAUUCAGCAAGGCUGCUGUCUCUAGUGAAUACGAUGAAAAUGACUAUAGGAAAGUUUGCGAGAAUGCAGUCACGGCCAUUAUUGAAGUGUCAGACGCGUGUGAUGACGAAACUGUUCCCGCGUUGGCAUGCACGAUCUUGUCGCAAAAAGUGACCAAGAUCGAUUCCGCCAUUGGUCCCUUGAUUUUAAAAGGGUUGAGUUCAUGCGCUCCAUUUUUGCCCGAACGCGAGUUUGUCAUUUUGAUUAGGUUGUUGAACAAGAUGUCAUCGGAUGCAUUGGAAAAGAAAAACACGGCGUUGUUGGCAAGCUUGACUGAGGCUAAAAUCACUUUGGCCAAGAGAUUGAAACCGGAUAACCCAUUGUACACUGUUUACUUGCACGAGCUCUUGACGGCCAUCAUUAGCAAAGGUGACGUUCAGCAGUUGGAGCACCAUAGAUCUCACAAUGAAAUUAGUGAAAUCGGUGACCAGAUCGCUAUUUACUUGAAGCCAUUGGCUGCGAUUUUGCCCGAUGUCCAUGCCGGUCAAGAACCAUUGAAGAUCCAAAAGACUGAGACCAUCAACUUGUUCAAAAACAUUUGGUUCAACAUGGUUGUCCAUGGCUACACCAUCACCUCUAAAAACACAAAGAUGUUCAAGCACGAGUUGGAGAGAAUCGCGUACAACUCGCCGCCAUUGGCUUCGGAAUUGUCAUGGGACAGAACCGAGACUUCCAUCGAGUUGAACACUGUGUUGAGAAGGGGAUCAUCGAACCAUAACAUCAAGGAUCACAGAACAUUCUUGGGAGACAUUUUCGAAGUUCACCGCACUUUGUCCUACCCCAAGUUGAUGUUCUUGUCUGCGACCGUUUUGAUUGAAACUUUGAGAGUGCGCAGUGGUGACUGCUCCAAAAUCUUUUUGUACUUUACUGACCCUUCGGUCAAGAUUUCGGGAACCGAUAAGUACUUGGGUUCGAUUGCUUUCCAAAUCAUCAAGGAGUAUGUUGCCUUGAUCACCACUGGAGCCAACAAGCAAUUUGCCGCUGACCACAUUGCCGGCCAGUUGACCAAGAUUUUGACCAUGUUCACUCAUGCCAUUCCGGAGAUGCAGGAUGCCUCGAUUCAAUGUGCCGACUUGUUGAUUAACAAAGUGCCCUCUUCUUUGUGUCACAAAAAGUCCUUGUUUGCACUUUUCGAUCUUUUAACGUUGUUGUUUCAAAGUAUUGCUGAUGCCGACGUUCACGAGUAUGAGCCUACAACGACAUUCAGGGCCAGGUGCACGGGUAUCAGGAUUGAAUUGUCCGACGACUACAAAUGGAGAUGCUCCACUUUUAAUCGUUUCCAUGAAAAGUCCAAACAUUGGGUCAACUUGUUGUUGAACAAGUCAAACAUUGACACCAAGAGUUUGAUCCAAUCUUAUGUGUCAGCAAACGAGGAGCUCAAUUUCGAUAACCCUAUUCAAUUUGGGUUAUCGUUUGCAUUGGAGAUGUCAGGUAACAUUUCGUCGCACGAUCGUGAAAUGUCCGCCAUCACCUAUGCUAACGCGUCUUCGUUGGACAGCUUGCCCACCAUUGUUGCGCAGUUGAACUGGAGAUCGAACUUUGUUUCCGAGUUCGUCAACAAAUUGCCAUUGAGAACAGAUGAAGAGGCCGACAUUGCAUUUAAAGCGAUUAGAGAAAAGGUUUUCAAUGUGAAAACCACCUUGUUCAACUCUGCUCCUUCUGAUUUCCCCUCGGCUGACGAGAUUAUGCAUUUGCUUAGUGAGAUUGCGGGACUCACGUUGUUGAGCGAUGUCAACAAUGCAGAAUUGGUUAGGUACUUGGUUGAAAUUCCAUUCAUCUUGUUUGAGCCCUCGGUCAUGAUCAAUGCCGGUGGGGUCUGGUUUGCCGUUAUGAAGGAUAAACCGGUAUUGAGUAUGCUUUUGCUUAGUGAAGUUGCUGAGAAAUGGGAAGAAUCGAUUCAAUUGAGAAAAGGGUUGUUUUCACAAGAAUACGAUAUUGCCGGUCCAGAGUUUGACAAGAUGGAAUAUGCUCCAAGUAACAGGGUUGCGGUUAACAGGUUGGCCGAAAAGGCACAACGAAGCUUUGGACCUCAUUUGGAGAUUAUCAAGUUGUUUGCUAGUAACUUUGAAGCCACGUUGAACCAAAGUGACCAUUUGCUCAAGAUUUUCACCAGAUUUGUGGAAACGGGUUUGCAAAAUUUGAGGAUUGCUUCAUACCACCCGCUUUCAAGGUUGGUGCGUUUUGAGUUGAUUAAAUUUUCAUUUGAAGUUUUGCAAUACCACAUUAAAUUGGGCUCGAGAAGCGUUUUAGAUUUGACCAAUUUAAUUUUUGAUGGUGCUUUGACUUGGUUUAGACAAAGAAACACUUUCCCAUUUGGUGGUAACAAGUUGAAAUUCAAGAGCGAAGCAAUUAUUAUGAGAGAGGUUGCUCGAAUGGCCACGGCCAUCACCACUAGACUGGCCAGCAUUGACAUCAAAAAGACCAUCUUUUUGUAUUUCCUUGAUGACGAGAUUUACAAGUUCAACAUUUGGAUGACGAGCUUGAAUCCAGUUGAUACAUCGGGAUCUUUAGUUGGCAACCAAAUCACUACGGCGCAAAUUGCCAAAGCUUAUGAUAUCGAUCCGAUUUUGGCGAUAAAUUUGGCCAUGCGUUUCAAAAUCAAGAACAUCGACGACACGUUGCAGCAUUUAAUUAUCAAGAACCCCCUUGCAGCCGUGUACUAUCCGGAUGCUGUCCAGUUUUUCAUUGGUCUCAACGCAGGCACUCACAUGCCAUCGUAUCAAUUGUUGUUCUGGGCCGCGUUGUCACCCAUUGAUGCCAUCACCUUGUUCUUGCCGCCAUUUGGAUCGAAUCCAUUCACCUUGCAGUACACCAUGAGAUCCUUGGAGAGCCAUGAUGUUAACUUGACCUUUUUCUAUGUUCCGCAGAUUGUUCAAUCAUUGAGAUUUGACGCUAUGGGAUACGUUGAGAGAUUUAUUAUUGAAACAGCCAAAGUUUCCCAGUUGUUUGCGCAUCAAAUCAUCUGGAACAUGUUGGCUAAUAGUUACAAGGAUGAAGAUUCAACCGAGCCCGAUGAUUUGAAACCUGUGUUGGAUAGAAUACAGGAAAAGAUGUUGGCUACUUUUAGUAAACCGGAUUUGGCAUUUUAUCAUAAAGAAUUUGGAUUUUUCAAUGAAGUCACCGAUAUCUCGGGUAAAUUGAAGCCAUAUAUUAAAAAGAGCAAAGCGGAAAAGAAGGCCAAAAUCGACGAAGAGAUGGCCAAGAUCAAAGUUGAGCCAGGUGUUUAUUUGCCGUCUAACCCUGAUGGUGAAUUGGUUGACAUUAAUCGUAAAUCAGGUAAACCGUUGCAAUCACAUGCCAAGGCCCCCUUUAUGGCCACUUUUAAAAUCAAAAAGGACAUUAUCGACUAUGACGAGUUGGGUCAAGCGCAAAAAGUGGAAAUUGAGAAGUGGCAAAGUGCUAUUUUCAAAGUUGGUGACGAUUGCAGACAAGAUGUUUUGGCCUUGCAGUUGAUUUCGAUGUUUAGAACCAUUUGGCAAGAUGCAGGCUUGGACAUGUAUGUUUUCCCAUAUAGGGUUACCGCUACCGCGCCAGGCUGUGGUGUUAUUGAUGUCUUGCCCAACUCCACCUCGAGAGAUAUGUUGGGUAGAGAAGCAGUGAAUGGGUUAUAUGAAUAUUUCAUCACCAAGUUUGGACCUGAAAACUCCAUCGAGUUCCAGCAAGCGAGAAACAACUUGGUUAAGUCGUUGGCUGCUUACUCGAUUAUCUCGUACUUGUUGCAGUUUAAGGAUAGACAUAACGGAAACAUUAUGUACGAUGAAAGUGGACAUGUCUUGCACAUUGAUUUUGGUUUCUGUUUUGAUAUUGUGCCUGGUGGGGUCAAGUUUGAAAAUGUGCCAUUCAAGUUGACCCAUGAGAUGAUUAUGGUCUUGGGAGGCAAUGACGAAACUCAGGCGUUUAAAUGGUUCGAGGAGCUUUGUAUCAAGGGCUUCUUGGCAUGUCGUCCCUACAUGGAGAUGAUUGUGCGUACCGUGACGCCCAUGUUGGAGAGUGGAUUGCCCUGUUUCAAAGACACAACCAUCAAGAAUUUGAGAAAUAGGUUUGUUCCCUACAAAUCGGAAAAGGAGGCGGCCAUAUAUUUCAAAAAGUUGAUCAAGGAGUCAAAGGAGAGUUUCUACACUAAAGGUUACGACGAGUUCCAAAGACUCACCAAUGGUAUUCCCUACUAG